UUUUUUUGCUAAUAUCCUUUAAAAUUCAUAUCGCUUUCGGGGUGGAAAUGUCCGAAAACAAGCCGAAUGACGAGCCGAAGAUAUCCACGACGGAYAGGGUGGUGAAAUCUGUCCCCUUCCCCCUCAGUCACCGGCUGACAGCUAAAGAGGUGUUUGACGUCGAUGGGAAGCCCAAAGUGGAUGUGCUGAAAGCUCACCUAACCAAGGAGGGCCGUGUGGAGGAGUCGGUGGCCCUCAGGCUCAUAGGAGAGGGAGCUGCCAUCCUGCGUUCAGAGAAGAACCUGCUGGACAUCGAGGCCCCUGUGACAGUUUGUGGAGACAUCCACGGGCAGUUCUUCGACCUAAUGAAGCUGUUUGAAGUUGGAGGAUCACCAGCAUCCACGCGCUACCUUUUCCUCGGGGACUACGUAGACAGAGGGUAUUUCAGUAUUGAAUGUGUGCUGUACUUGUGGGCCUUAAAGAUCCUUUACCCCAAAACACUGUUUUUGCUGCGUGGGAAUCACGAAUGCCGACAUUUAACAGAGUAUUUCACAUUUAARCAGGAAUGUAGAAUUAAGUAUUCAGAGAGGGUGUAUGACGCAUGUAUGGACGCCUUCGACUGCCUUCCCCUGGCUGCUCUUAUGAACCAGCAGUUCCUGUGCGUACACGGAGGACUUUCUCCAGAAAUCACAAAUCUUGACGACAUCAGGAAACUAGACAGAUUCAAGGAGCCCCCAGCAUACGGACCCAUGUGCGACUUGCUAUGGUCCGACCCUCUGGAGGACUUCGGAAAUGAGAAAAGCCAAGAGCAUUUCACACACAACACCGUGAGAGGCUGUUCCUACUUCUACAGCUACCCUGCAGUCUGUGACUUUCUACAACACAAUAACUUAUUAUCCAUCAUCCGGGCCCACGAAGCACAGGAUGCUGGAUACCGCAUGUACAGAAAGAGUCAGACCACUGGCUUCCCGUCCCUUAUCACCAUCUUUUCAGCUCCAAACUAUCUAGACGUCUACAACAACAAGGCGGCCGUGCUGAAGUACGAGAACAAUGUGAUGAACAUCCGACAGUUCAACUGCUCACCUCAUCCCUACUGGCUGCCCAAUUUCAUGGAUGUUUUCACCUGGUCUCUGCCCUUCGUCGGAGAGAAGGUGACUGAGAUGCUCGUGAACAUUUUGAGCAUUUGUUCCAACGACGAGCUGACGACUGAGGAGGAGCUGGACGGACAGCUAAUAUAUCCCCCCAAAAAAGGUGCCACAGCUUCGGCCCGCAAAGAAGUCAUCCGCAACAAGAUCCGUGCCAUUGGAAAGAUGGCCCGAGUAUUCUCAGUGCUCAGAGAGGAGAGUGAGAGCGUGCUGACACUGAAGGGACUGACCCCGACAGGCAUGCUGCCCAGUGGAGUUCUGUCCGGUGGCAAAGAGAAGCUGCAGAACGAAACUGCAGCUACUAUUGAAGCUAUUGAGGCAGACGAAGCCAUCAAAGGCUUCUCGCCUCAGCACAAGAUCACCAGCUUCGAGGAAGCCAAGGGUCUGGACCGCAUCAAUGAGAGGAUGCCGCCGCGGCGAGAUGCCUUGCCCCUGGACGCCAGCCUCAACUCGUUCAACAAGGCGCUGUCGUCGGAGUCCAAUGGCACGGACGCCAAGGGGAGCGGCAGCGGCAGCGGCAGCAACAUCCAGUGAAGGGCCGCUGGACGAAGGAGGCGCCAUCUUUUUCGGCCGACGAGGCUGCCUGGCCCCGCCCCCCCUCAGCCUCAUCACAGCCCACCGUGAAAAAGAAGAAUGGGGGAGGGGCUAGAGUGUGGAUGAGGGAGGCAAAUAUGGCUGAAACUGGGUGGGGGAAGGGGACAUCUCACUUGCUAGUCUUUGGAAAUGCCUUCAUAAUAUUAGUUCAUAGUCAAAUCUGCUAAGUUAUUUGCCAGGUCACGUUUCCGAGCGGUUCCGUCCGUUUGCCACACUCACACUUUGUCAGAAAGAAACAGGAAGGACAGACGUUUGCGUUAACAGACGUUUUUGUUUUCUUAAAAUAAAAUAAAAAAGACCCUCGCUUCACUUAACACCGAAAAGGUAAAGUCGUAAAACUUCUUACUAACUAUCAUACGUUUACAGAAACACAGCACUAAAAGGACAGAAGGUGAGAUCAUGUUUUUAAAGGGUGUACAAACUAAAUAAGGACUAUUUAUUGAUGACUUUGUUUUUUUUUUUUGCUACUCUUCUGAAAUAGCUCUGAAAUUAAUUAGGCAGUCUUAAAAGGAAUGUUGCAAUGUUGUCGAAAUGCCAAAUAAUGGAACGUUUUAUGGUUUUGUACAUAUUCUGCUUACCUCAGGUUCUUUUGGUGUGUGCUUUGACCUGAUUAUUCUGUAUAACGGUUAAAUAACUGUAAUGAAUACCUAUUUUCUUGAGUUUCAUAACUGGAAUUUACACUUGCCUAUCUAUCAUUUGCAAAUAUGUUUAUUUUAUGUCUUUUUUUUAAAGAGGGGGAUGGGGAGAGGUAGAUUUUAUUGUGGCUUGCUGGAAUUGAGUGUUAAUUUUUCUCUUAAGUAUUGCGAACAAAGUAAAAAAAAUAGAGAUCUUAUAUUGUGUAAAAAAAGAAGAGUAUAUUAAAGUGUCUGCCUAUGCAUGUUUUAUAAAAAUCAAAGAAAUUAGAAACUUUGGCUGUGAAGGCCUGUUUUGAGAUAUAUUGCGCUUUAGUGAACAUAUACUGGAAACAUAUAGUUGCAUACUUUAAAUUAACACCACGAUGCUCUAUGCCUUCAACUCCUUUUGUAAUUGAAGCAUUUAAUUAUGGACGAUGGAUGAGAAAUCUUAUUUUUAACCUGCGCUUGUAAGUGCACACAGUCCAGUUAAGCAUGUUUGACAAUUCUUGUGAGGUGUGUGAUUUACAUGUGGAACUCCAAAAUGCAUGAAUAGCUGUUUGUGUCAUAUACCAGGUGAAUCGGUUUUAGUUUUUGUAAAUGUGCCACAGAAAAGUGUAAUUUGAUUCCUAUUAUACCAUUAUUUGGAACUCUGCUUUGUAUAUCAGUUACAGGUUUGAUACUGCUCAAUACUUUAAGACGAAACGGGGGGAAAAAAAAACUUACUUUUUUAAAGAACUGCUUUAAGUGCCCAAGUAAUUCACUACACGACAUGAAGCCUUGCUUUUUGUAAUUUAACUUCAAAACUUUUGGCAGAUGAGGCAUGCACUUGCAACUAUGAGAAGUAUUUUAUAUAACUGUUCAAUAAAAAUGUGCAUGAAUUUCAACUCGAAACGAAA